AUGUGGAAAAAACAUUUUUUCUUUUGCUUUUUAUUUCUGUCUGUGACAACAAACCAUACAGUAUAUGGGCAAAACAGGAAGAAAGGGAAGAAUUCUUAUUCUCUCAUGGCAAAAGAUGAAGGUGAUACGUGUCUCAUUGAUAUAGUCUUCAUCUUGGACAGUUCAGAAAGUGCCAAAAAUCAGUUGUUUGCUUUGCAGAAGAACUUUGUUCAAGGCUUAGCUGACAGCAUAUUCCAGAUGAAGGCAGUUAAGUCUCAGAAGUACAAUGUCAAACUAGCAAGCAUGCAGUUCAGCAGCACAGUCAGCAUAGAUAACCCCUUUGCAGUCUGGAAAAAUGUGCAGAAUUUUAAAGAUAAAAUCAGUUCUCUGGGCUUUAUUGGCCAUGGUACCUACUCCUAUUAUGCAAUUUCCAACGCCACUCAGAUGUUUAAAACUCAAGGUCGGAAGAGAAGUGUGAAAGUGGCUAUUUUGAUGACUGAUGGUGAGGAUCAUCCAAACAGCCCUGAUGUCCACAGUGUAGCCACAGCAGCCAGGAGUCUUGGAAUACAUUUUUUUACCAUUGGCCUUUCUAAGAAAAAAGUCCAAGAAGAAAAAUUGCGUCUGGUAUCUGGUGAUUCACCCUCUAAACCUGUCUUAUGCCUGGAUGAUCAGAACCUGACAGCUGAUGUAGCACUGGAACUGGAAACCUUGCUACAGAAGCAGUGUGUGUGGAAGAACUGUGCAUGUGAAAAGGGAGCAAAAGGAGACAAAGGUGAUUCUGGCAGUGCUGGUAACAGAGGGGAAAAAGGUGAGCCAGGACCAAAAGGAAGCAAGGGUGAUGCUAAAAAAGGAGAUCCUGGAGAAAAAGGUGAAGAGGGAGCUCCUGGCUACAAGGGAGACAAGGGUGAAAGAGGAGAAUGUGGAUCUCCAGGAAUAAAAGGGGAAAGAGGUCUGGAAGGUCCUUUUGGCCCUAGGGGACCUCGGGGACCUCAGGGUAUCAGCGGACCUCCAGGUGAGCCAGGCCCAAAAGGCAUUCAAGGAAGUAAGGGAGAGCAAGGCCCUUUAGGUCCCUAUGGUCCUCCAGGACUCCCUGGUGUCGGACAGCCAGGUCCGAAGGGUGCUCGAGGACAAGAAGGUAAAAUAGGAUUCCCAGGACCUCCUGGAAUUGGUGAGCCAGGAUUACCUGGACCACGUGGCCCAGAUGGUCUGCCAGGUGAGAAAGGUCCACCAGGAGAGGGAAUUCAAGGCCAAAAGGGUGAAAAAGGUUCUGAAGGUGUAUCUGGUCCUCCUGGACUGCCAGGUCAACAAAUCAAGGGUGACAAGGGUGAACAAGGCCAAGUAGGACCACAGGGCCCCGCAGGACCACCAGGAAUAGGCAAUCCAGGAAGCCAGGGUAUACAGGGUCCACAAGGAAACCCUGGGGCAAAAGGAUCUAAAGGUUUUGGUCUGCCAGGUCCAAAGGGUCAACCGGGUGAACCUGGACAAAAAGGAGAACCAGGACUUCCAGGAAUUGGUGUACGGGGACUGAAAGGAGAUAUAGGCCUAUCAGGACUCCCAGGAGAGAAAGGGGUGCAGGGAGAUCCUGGGAAGUCAGGAGAAAAGGGUGACCCUGGAGAAAAAGGAUCCCAAGGACUGAUUGGUAAUAAAGGAGCACAAGGCCCAGCUGGACCAAAAGGUGAGCCUGGAGAGAGAGGACCACCUGGUGUCACUGGAUCAUCUAUACAGGGACCUGCUGGACCAAAGGGGGAUCCAGGACCCAAGGGGCCGCCAGGAGAUGAUGGACUUCCUGGAAAUUCAGUAAUGGGACCAACGGGUAACCGGGGACUACCUGGGCUGCCUGGACCCCCUGGAGCAAAAGGUGAUGGCCACAAGGGUGACACUGGACCUCCAGGACCAGCAGGCCCCCCAGGACCAGCAGGCCCAAAAGGCAUGGGAGAUGCUGGACCAAAGGGAGACCUUGGAAUGAGGGGCUAUCCGGGGCCCCCAGGACCACGGGGAAUCGGAAUGGUUGGUCCCAGGGGUAUGAUGGGACAGAAAGGUUUGCCUGGGCCACCUGGGCCCCCUGGCGACAGCAUCCAGGGAAGCAAGGGAGAAAAGGGAAAUCAAGGUUUUCCUGGAGUAAAAGGAUCAAUAGGAAUUGGCCUUCCUGGACCAAAGGGAGACUAUGGAGAUAAAGGUGAUCCAGGGACCAAAGGUGCCAAAGGAGAGAUUGGAGACCCAGGACCUCCAGGACCAAAGGGAAUCUGGGGGCAAAAAGGUGAACCUGGUCUUUCGAGAGAAGAAGUUAUCAGACUUAUCAAUGAAAUAUGUGGUUGUGGUAUCAGAUGUAGAGUAACACCACUGGAACUGGUCUUUGUCAUUGACAGUUCAGAAAGUGUUGGGCCAGCUAACUUCAACAUUAUCAAAACUUUUAUGAAAACAGUCAUCGACAAGGUAACAGCCAACCAUGCUACAACCCGCAUCGGCAUGAUCAACUUCAGCCAUAAAGUGGAGUUGGUCUCUUCUCUGAAGCAAUACACAACCAAAGAACACCUGAAAGCAGCUGUUGAUAGAAUGCCCUACUUAGGAGAAGGCACAUACACAGCUUCUGCUAUCCAAGAAGCCAUCCAGUUAUUCCAGGCAGCACGCCCAGCAGUCAGGAAAGUGGCUGUUGUCAUCACAGACGGACAAGCUGACCCUCGGGACAAAGUCACACUGGGCACUGUAGUAAAAGUGGCCCAUGCUGCUGAUAUUGAGAUGUUUGUCAUUGGGAUUGUUCAAAGGAAUGAGAGUCACUAUGGUGAUUUUCUGAAAGAAAUGCAGCUGAUUGCAACAGACCCUGAUGAAGAACAUGUUUACCUGAUAGAUGAUUUCACGACUCUUUCAGCUCUUGAAAAUCAACUGAUCACAAAAAUCUGUGAGAAUGUGUCUGACCUCUACACCAGAAAAUAUGUUUUAUCUCCAUCUCCAAGUCCAGAACCUGGAAUUACUACUGAUGACACUAAUAGUCACUCAUCUAAAAUGACUGAUUCAGAGAUUAAUAUGCUCCCUACAGAAGGAAUCAGUUACCCACUUAGUCCACCCCAGGCCAAACGUACUGAGCUGCCACCUGCUCAGGAUCCCACUGUGACCACCUCUGCUGGCAGUGAAUUAGGAUUGCCUCCAAGUGAUGACCUGUAUAAAAGCAAACCUCAGAAUCCAGCUGCCAAUCCAUUAUUCAAUGUAACUGCCACUGAAGAUUACCACUUCAUGGUGUUGCAAACACAGGUAGCAAAAACCCAGAAAGAUCCAAAGUGCUUAGAACCACUGAGCCAAGGGGACUGUCGGGACUACGUGGUGAAAUGGUAUUAUGACAAGAAUGGCAAUUCUUGUGGCCAGUUCUGGUAUGGAGGUUGCAAUGGUACCAACAAUAGAUUUGAAACAGGAAAAGAAUGUCAAGAAACCUGCAUUGAUGAAUAA